GGUUGAAGUGCGAUCAGCUGUACGUAGGAGGGCGUCCGGGUUUCCAGGCCACUUCGCUUCGAAGUUGCGUUGCGUCUCAAGCCAGCUCGGCGCCCCGCGCUCACCAUGCGGCUCCUCGGCGACAAGAAGAAGAAGCAGUAUGAGGCGAACCUGCGCCAGGGCAGCGUCACCGGCGGCCUCAGCCAGAAGGAGAAGAAGGCGGACCCGGAGCGGAACUUCAGGCCGGUUCAGCCGGCGCCCCUGAGAAGCGGGUGCAGUUCUGGUCCAUGUUCCUGCAGAACUGGCACGUCACCAUCACGUACUGCUUCGUCUUCUGGUCGUUCGGCAUGUGCGUGGCGUUCCUGGGUCCGACGCUGGACGACCUCGGCUGCCGGACCGAGACGCCGCUCCGCACCAUGAGCUGGGUGUUCUUCGCGCAGGCUCUGUUUACGCUGAUUGGCUCCAUCAUCGGAGGCGUGCUGGUGCAGAGAAUUAUGGACGGCCGGUCGAUGUUGCCCUGUCUGUCGUGUUUGCCGGGCUGCGCGAGCGCCGAGCGCGACUGGAGGGUGUCGGCCCACGGCGCCAUGCUGGUGUCGCUGCUGAUGCUGGCAGUGACGCUGAGCUUAGUGCCCCAGUGCUGGAGCUUGCCCGUGCUGGCGCUCGACCUGGCCGCCAUGGGCCUCUUCAUGGGCGUCAUCGAUACCAUAUCCAACCUCUGCAUGAUCCAGCUAUACGGCGCCAAUGUCUCCCCGUUCCUGCAGGCGCUGCACUUCUUCUACGCGCUGGGCGCAUUCGCCUCGCCGAUGAUCAUCGAGCCGUUCCUGCUGUCUGACCCGCACCGGUGCUUCGACCUCAUCGAGGACAUCAUGGAGAGCAGGGGCAACAGCACAGACAAUGAGAGCGCGCUGCUCAAGGUCAUGCAGAAGUCUGAGAUCCAGUACGGUUUCUGGAUCAUGGCUCUGCUGCAGCUGCCGGUGGCCGUCCUGGUGGUGACCGUGCUGCUGCGCAAGCAGAAGGCCACGUCGGCCGAGACGUACGAGAUCGAUGAGCGCGGUGGGUUGACGGUGCACCACACGGCCUCGGAGACGCCCGGCGAGCGGGCGGCCGCCUCCCCACGCCAGGUGCUGCUCGUCACCCUCUGCACCAUCGUGCUGUGCUUCAUGUACGACGGCCUGCAGGGAGCGUACGGCGGCUACAUCUACAACUACGCCACCAAGACGGUGGAAGGCCUCAGCAUCACGCAGGCUGCCUAUCUCACCUCCUGCUUCUGGGGCACGUUCGCGAUCGGUCGACUCUUGUCCAUCGGCAUAGCCACCAAGCUCGCUCCGGCCUUCAUGAUUCUCUUCAACAUCGUGGGCUGCGGCCUGGCAGCCGUGCUGAUGCUCAUCUGGCAGAACGACAAGCUGAUGAUCUACGUCGGCACCAGCCUGUUCGGCCUCUCGCUCAGCAGCAUCUACCCCACGGCCAUCUCGCUGGCCGAAACAUACAUCAACGUCAGCUCGGUCAUCACCAGCCUGAUCGUGGUGGGCGCCGCCGCCGGCGAAAUGGUGCAGCCCGUCAUUGUCGGCCACGAGUUCGACGGCAUCGGCCCUGCGAUGUUCCUGAUCAACAUUCUGCUGGUCGUGCUUAUCUCGAUUAUCGUCGUCUUCGCGCUGUUCCUGAUUGGCGCCUCCAUCAAGAAACAGACCGGUAUAUUCGGCGUGUUCUCCUGCUGCGUGAGCGGCGCCGACCCGACGGAAGACACGAACCUCAUGAGCCAGCACGUGACCUACUACUCCCGCAUGCCGCACGAGGUCAGCUCCAGCGAGCUGCACUUCACGCCGACGGCCAAGGGCAGCUAGGCGGCGGCGGGGCGCGUGCGCGACAGCAGGCCGGCUGCGGACGCCCGGCGCCACAGCGCCCCGCGGCGUCCCCCGGCCGCAGACGCCACUGGCCGCGCGGCGAGCAACUGAAGCGCCGAGAUGGUCGGGAGAGAGGUCGUGCGUGGGGGGGGGGGGGGCGGCCCCACCGCGCGUGACUGUGUGGGGCAGGCGGGAGCGCCGAAGCGCUUCCGUUGGUCUAGCGAGGCGGAUCGCGGCCGGCUCCGGCGGCGUUCGGUGGCCGCGGCUGUGGACCUGGCAGGCGCUGGCCGUCUGGACGAGUUUGUGUGCGUGUCAUCGGUACCAGUCCGACACUCAGGACUGCACUGCCUCCAGCGGACGCAUUCCUGCGUGUCCGACUCAGGAGCGUCACGAAGGCACGUGAUCUUCUACGUAACCUUCUAUGCCCGAAGGGGGCGAGACGGAGGAGGCGAGAAACUCUUGUGGGCGUCCUGAACGAGGCCCGGGCGGUGAAGAGGAGGGCUGUUUUGGCCCUUCUUUGCGGUGAACUGGCUGGACAGAAGGCUGCAGGCGCUGCUCCGCUCACCGGUGUCGUGUGCUUGUGGUGCCGCAUUGUUACGUGAUUGAGUGAAGGAAAUACUCGGGUCUCUAUGUUUACGGGACGCACUGCUAGUGUGGAACGAUCCGGUUCCUUUCUAAGAUUGCAUUCCCUUGCAGUGUGUGGUGUGGCAUCAGUUGUCCGAGCGGAUAUGAAAUGAGAUAGCAUCCCCAUGCGUCUGUCACUGUCUGGCUUGCCUGACUGAAUGAAGAGAAGCGGUUGUGUCUGUGCAUGCUUGUUUGGGGAGUGCUGUUGUUUGCUCGCGCGCUGUCUCGGAGUCUAGAGGCGGGGGUCAUGUUAGCGCAGGUAUACCGGGUUGGUGUUGGUUGGUGGGCCUGGGGUUGUUGUACUGUGGCACUAUGACGAUGCCCUUUGAGGUGUAAUUUUCCCUUUUCAUUUUCAAUUAUUUGCCAUGUCUUGGUUGUGCGUCGUGAUGUUUGUCAGACACCUUCCGGAAGACUUGCGAGUAUCCAGGUUCUCUCGCAAUGCAUAUGUGUCCAAAACUAGUCUCGCUUUUACUAAUUCCGCUCGUUUUCCGACCUGGUCAGGUUAGGCCUUUGGUGCGUCAAUGACUACGUAGCGUACUCGUCUCGGGAGGGGCUACCUUGUGGUGUGUAUAUUUGCCUACAAUCUUUACAGCUGUGCACUGACUUGGGCCUGGGGCCGUAGUUUGGUGUAUCGCCGCCCUCGCUACUGUGAUCGCACCUGCUCCUGACCGUCGUCGUCCGUGGCCUAAGCCUUUUCGUCUUGGCUCACUCCUGUGGCUGUCCGUUCCAUGAGCCGCUCCCGGCCCAGUGGCAGGUCAGCUGGCUCCACCGCUCGUCGUGCAUGUGCUCUGAACUGACACUGCCCGUGUCUUCUCUAGCUGUCGAUGUACGCCUCGUCGAAUCCAACAUUCUCGUCGAUUGUCUUGCCUCUGGUCUGCGGUAGGGGGUAGUCGGGUAGAGGGGGCGGGGACAAGGGGACCUCCGGUUCGUGGGAAUGCGGUCUCGCGGCUGGCGCCCGCCGCCCGCCGGCGUCGCGCUGGCUGGGCAGGACCGUGCACGUGGCAUUCGUGUCGGAGGUCAGUUCUGUUCAAGGUGGGAGCCUCUCUGGCUGGGGCCAACUCUCGAUGGGGUUUCGUGGGGACCAGGUCCCCUUUGUACAUCAACUGUCGACUUCUGGCUUUGUUGUCGUGUCGGUCCCUCCCCAAGCUCAUGCAUAGCCGUGCGUGUAUGUGUUAAUUGAUGUGUGCAGAAGCGUAUGUAUUUAUUUACCCGAGUAAAGCUGCUUAAAAGGAAAGUGUUAUGUUGGUGAAGGGUAGUGGUCACGUUUCUGCAUGUCGGUUUGGAAAUGCUAUUGUUUGUUCACGCGCUGUCAGGAUGAGCUGCCUUUCAUUCCCUCUCGUUACAUUUUCUGAGUGGCUAUCUAUAUCUCACCCUAUCGUGGAAAAGUGGCCGAUGUUUUCGUUUACUGUUUGCGUAUUUAUAUAAUGUGAUAUAGAUUUAACGUCGGAGCGGUCUCUGUAUGAAGGUAUAUAUUAUAAUAGAUGUGUUAAAACGUGA